UGAUCCCCGUAGUGGCCCUAGCAAGUGUUUCCCCGAACAUGGCGGACCGUAUUCGUUCGAAUUUCCAUAGGACACAAUGAACGUGCGCCAAGUUCACCGCGGUGAUGCUGAUAACUGAGGACGUGUGGUGAUCGUGCGGCCCGGCCUACGAGGGUGCCCGGGGUGUCGUCGUGAUCGGCGCGGUAGCGCGCGUGUCGACGUGUCGCCGUUCGGAGCCCGUGAAGCUAGGCUUUUGCCGCCGUUGUCGCCGCGAGUGCGCCGAGAGCGAGAGCGAGCCGACCGUGGCGGGGCCCCCAUAGUUGUGUAAAUGGCUGACCAGAGUUGGAGAAUGAGGCCCGCACGUAGCAGCGCGUGAUUCCACGGCCAAGACGCUGAGGUACGACGAGCGCGCCCACAACCCGGGCCAUGCCGCGGCGCGCCGGGCCGGAUGAAAGUUUAUUUACGACGCGCAGCGACCAGCAGAACGCGCAGCUUCGUCCUUGUGUCCAGAAACAUCACCACCGUGUUCCGCGAGCACCGCCCCGGUACCAGAAGCCGAUCAUCCCGGGGUUGACGGUCUCUCUCUCCGUCUCUUUCUUUCUCUUCUCGUCCUUAUUUUCCGCCCUGUCUGCGCCGUCCUCGAUUGAUUGGGUUAACGCUAUUAGGCUCGUUUGUCGCGCAAGGAUCCAUGAGUCUUGCGAGAAUGAAUUUGUUGACAUUCCUCGAUUCGUCGAAUGAGGAUCUUGACGAUGCAUUCGUGAAUAUCGCAUCACGCGAUCGACUCCGGGCAGCAUCACGGCGCUCUCUCCUUCGACGGUGAGAGUGAAUGCGCCGGACUGUUUUUUAAUGAGAUGCCGAUCAUAUGGUCGCGAUCGUUUUCCUAGACCGCGACCGCGUUUCCGUGCGUCGACUCGCGUAACGUUUUUCACCGUGGCAGGUGGCGACGAACGGCAUGACGAUUUUCGAUUUAUCUCGCACUUUCCGAGACGAAGAAACUCGUUCAAAUGUUUCUUGAGCGUCGAUGGUGAUCAGAUGGUGAUGUCCUGGACUGAAUUAAACAGGGUAGAAAAUGUCAGAACCUGAGGAAAAUCUGGCAGCGCCCGAUAGCACCACAAGGGAACAGCGUGUUGGCUUUUCCCAUGGAGAUGAUGUUCUUCAACAUCAAGAUGGCAAAUUUUACCUUGGUACAAUUGUCGAGGUGGACUUGGCAAGGGAAAGAUGUCUUGUCAAUUUUAUGGACGGCACAUCUUCCUGGUCCUCGUUUAAAGAGUUGACAAAGUUAGCUAUGCCAGACUCGGAUGUUAUGUGUGUCCUUUGCAAAAUAUCUCAGCCUAAGACUGACGAUGACAUUAUUGUAUGCGACAAGUGUGGUCGUGGUUAUCAUCAAAUGUGUCAUGAGCCUCAAAUACCAAAACAAGAGCCAGGUGUAAAUACUCACUGGAUGUGCAAAAGAUGCACAGAUAGCAAGAUGCGUUUGCGUCAAUUUGGUGAGCCAAAAACUUCUAUGGUUAAAGCAAAUAUCAGAAAAGUUUGCAGCGGUAGGGACCAACCUCCACCACCACCAGAUGACAUGAAAAAGUUGCCAUAUGAUCCUGAUAUGUUAAGCUGGGAUGCACAUCACAGAGUGAAUGCCGAACAAAUUUAUUGUUAUUGUGGACUUAAUGGCGAAUGGUAUGCACAAAUGUUGCAAUGUGCUCGUUGUAAGCAAUGGUUUCACGAGAAGUGCAUCAGAUGCUUAACUCACCCCUUAUACAGUGGUGAUAGGUUUUAUGUGUUUGUUUGUUCAAUGUGCAAUUAUGGGAAGGAAUUUGUUCGACGUUUGGAAAUGAAGUGGGUAGAUCUGGUGCACCUGAUGUUGUACAAUCUGACUGUUUAUAAUGCAAAAAAGUAUUACGACUUGGACACUGUUAUUAUACCUUAUGCAAAUGAUAAUUGGCACACCUUGCAGCUUCCACCACGGAUUAGGGACGUUAGUGCUCAAGUACGCAGAGUAACAAUAUUGGCAAUGUUGACAAAUAAUAGAAACAGGUUCAAGUGCGGUAGGGAAAUAAAGAAGCGCACUACAAUAUGGGGCCUCCGUGUCAGACUGCCACCGCCGUGUCCGGUCGUUAAUCUUCCAGCAUCGGGUGAAAUCGAUGAUUCAGUCUUGCGUAGAUGUUGGGGUGCUAAUAAAAGACUGCAGUAUCUUCCUCCACAAACAGGAAAACUUGAUCAUUUCAGUCCUGUGAGUUUCCCGGAAAAUACAAAACAAUUGAUCGCAUUGAGGCAAAGAGUAGCUGAGAAUGUAGAAAUUCCUGUGAACCCUUCAGAUCUGGUCAUGCGAGGUACACUUUAUCAAAAUUCGGAAGCAGAACAGAGCUCGUGUCCAAGUCCAAGUCCACCCAGUCAGUCCACACAGUCUUUACGAGAAAGAUAUAGCGGCGGCGGUUUUGUAAAGAAAUCAUUCCCAUUUCCUAAGUUGAGUUUACAGAGAAGACGUCGUCUAAUGGUGUUAGGUAGUUCACGAGAAAGAAUGUUACGUAAACACAAGAAGAGGGAGAAGAGUGGAGAUAAUGCUAUGGGAAAAUCGCAGGGAGUUCGAGAAGCAAGAUACAGAAAAGCGAGAAAACUGCUGAAAAACGCCAUUGCCAAGAGCAAGUCGCGAAGUUCAGAAGCGUCCGAUUUGCCUCCCACGCCACCAACUUCCGUUUCUGGACCACCGACGCCACCAGCUGCAACGUCAGGCAUGUCGGAGCUGUCUGUGCCUAGCUCCGUGGAUCUGAUGCAUCCUAUGCCACUUUCGACACCCGCGGACACAAGCGGAGAUGAGACCAGUUCCAGAGGUACUCUUGAUUCUUUUAUUCCACCGCCGAAAGAUUUUGAAGGGAAGAACAAUCCGUUUAGCGAUUUGGUGGGUACGCCUUGCGGUCUUAAUCAAGCGAAUUCGAGCACGCCGUUACCUUACAAUCAGUGUCCUAUUACCUUGCCUCUGCCACUAACGCCUGUGAUUUCGCAACCGCCGGUGGUGCGUCCAGCCAAGAGGCAGCUAUCGGAGAAGGAUAUUAUCGUGGACAGAAACGGACAGGUAAAGCGCAGGAGGCAACAUCGCGGACGCGGACGUCCACCGCAACAGCAGAUACAGCAACAAUUUCAGCAUACCGCCAGCAAGACGGCGGCCAUUCUACCGGCACGCAAUAACGAAGUUAAAAGUGAAUUCGUCAGGAAUUUAAGAAGUUCGUUUAAUGGUGCCUCGAGCAGUGCAAGUAGUCAAAUUGGAAAUUGUGUGGAUUAUGCCUUAAAUGGUAGGAGGUUGAGACAGCGGCAGAAUAAUGAUAAAGUAUCUCCUCCCGAUCCGCAAUCGCAAAGAAAGAGCAGCAUGCCUUCAUCUCCAAAGUGUUCGCCUGUGAAGCAAAGUGCGCCCGACAUAUCCCUGGAUGAUCUGAAGUCAUCAGUGAAUAUUUACUUCGGCGCAGCUAAUAGAAUAGCUGCCGGUGAAAAGUUUGUCAUCAAAGCGAAGAGGAUAGGGCCGAACGGUCAGACACAAUACCUCAUCGAAUGGGAGGGACUCAAUACUUAACGGUAAAUAAUCAGCUUACGAUGAAUAUAUCGCAGUCGUAUACAAAUUUUAAGUUGACAGUAGGUGUAAGGUGGCGCGAUCAGCCGCCGACACCUUGUAAUCGAUUCUCGGUGUUUUAUAGCAAAAUGAUUGUGAUCGAUUGUUUUGCGUUACAUGCACUGCCACUUGUUACGUACAUUUCAUAAAAAUGUAUGUAUUUAUCGGCGUAGAAUAUGUGAAUGUUCUUGUAAAUGUACAUUAAGUUUCAUUGAAUCUGAAUCACGCGAAUACUUUCGUUAUGAUCAAUAGAUCAAUAGACUUUGUUAUUAAAUCAAUGAUUUUACAUUGCCGUUUAUUUUAGAUCAAAUUAGAUAAUAACUUACAUGGA